GCGGUGCGAGAGCAGGGGCGUUGUUGCUGCCUCGCUGGCGGAGUUGUUGUGUCGAGGUGGAUGCUCCCCGCGAGAUAAUUUUUUGGCUUUGCUGGGAGCUGCGACGGGGAAACGAGGAGUUGGGAGGCGUGGGAUUCCCGCCGCGGAAUCGCUGACGCUGCGGGGUGAGUUAGACAGGUGGGUUCACUAAGUGUUUGGGGUUCGUAACUGUGCGUCGCUGUGUUUCAGGAGAACGAGAGAGCGCAAGAGAAAGAGAGAGAUGGACAGAGAUCUUUCGAUUGCAGUAGAUUGAAGGCGGAGAGGGUGGAGCCUGUGGGGACGUGGAAGGCUCUUUCUCUUUUCUUUCGCCGCUUCCAUUUGCCAGCCAGCUCACUCUCCAUCUACCUCUUCCCUCCCUCGCUCCCCCCCUCCACAUCCGCUCGCCUGCUGCCUUGGCAUGCCAUUUCAUCUGCCAACUCUGCUUCAUAAUUGUGUCCGUGUGCACGGCCUCCGGGGUUGCGGGUUGAUCAACGUUCCAACCCAUAUUUGGUGUAUUGCCUGAUCUAGAUCACAGGCCUUGAUGUCAACGUCAUGACCCGAGGAGCUUCCUGACAGUCAGUUUCGCGAGUGUUUCACGAAUUCUGAGAACAAAAAUUCGGAGUCGGCCGAGGUCUGAAGACGCACACCAGUGAUGGGGGCAGCAGGGGAGACGGCAACAGCCCCACCCGCCGCCUCCAAGGGUCCGAAGACCAGCAGCGGUCCUCCCACAUCAGGUGCGACGACGUCCCCGACGCCCAUUGCGUCGCAUGACCCGAACGCGCAGGCAGGCGCGGCGGGGUACAAUGAAUGGUUGGCAGCGUUCCAGGCGUACUACCAGGCGGGAGCACAACCUCCCGCGGGAGGGUUUCCGCACCCCUACAUGUGGGGAGGGCAGCCCAUGAUGCCGCCUCCCUACGGGGGGCCGCACCCUUCUUACGGCGCCAUGUACCCUCCCGGAGGAAUGUAUGGGCACCCGAUGUACGGGCAGUACGGGACUCCGACGCCGGAUGGAAUGGCGGGCGCGGAGCAGGGCGCGGACGGGAAGGCGGAAGCGAAGGGGAGCGAUGGCGGUAAAGCGGCACCUUUGAAGAGAUCGAAGGGCAGCAAGAGCAGCCUGCAGCUACUGAAAGUGAGCGACAGUGGAGGCAAGGGGAACGGGGUGUCGCAGAGCGUGAGCAAUGGCGAGGAAGGAGAGCACGACGGCGAGACGGGGAGCGACGAGGGCGGUUCGACGGAUGCGAGCAGGGAGGAGAAUGCGCAGAACCUGUUGGGAGGGAAGCGGAGUUUCGAGCAGCUGGCGAUGGAAGCCGUGGGAGCUCCGGCUUACAUGGGCACUCCGGGCGGCGCAGCGGGGGUUCCAGGGGGUGCAGUGGGGACGCCAGGGCCAGGAGGAAGCUUGGACAUGAGCUUGGACUACUGGACUGCAGGGUCAGUGCCGCAGGCGAAGGGGGCAAUGCGGGCGUCCGGGAGCCCGUCGACGAGCGCUCCGCCAGCGGAGAUGUGGCUGACGGACGAGAGGGAGGUGAAGCGGCAGAGGAGGAAGCAGUCGAAUCGAGAGUCUGCGAGAAGAUCGAGAUUGAGAAAGCAAGCGGAGUGUGAGGAGCUGGGCAUGCGAGUUGACUCGCUGACUGUAGAGAACGUGUCCUUGCGGACGGAGUUAAGCCGGAUGACCGAGGAGUGCAAGAGGCUGCAGGCGGAAAACAGCAGCUUGAUGCACAAGGUGCGUGGCAUAUCAGGUGCGGAGAUGGGUGGUGCGGCGGGUUCCGGCGAUGUGGCCUCGGCAGGCGGAGACAACGAGGCAGUGGUGUCAGCAAAGGAGAUCGAGGAGUCUCAGAGCAACGGGAACGGGCACGCGACGAAAGCAAGAGACGAGAAGUCAGGCGGGGUGAAAGGUCAAGAGGAGGCGGGUGCGGCUGCAUAGGCGUGGAGACAUUGGGUGGGGGGCGGGGGUGAUAGGAAUCGAUUUUGGUAUUUUGGGUGGGUUAUGUAGGAAGCGGUGACGGAAAGAAGUGGUGACAACCCUGCACAAACAUUACAAUUCUUCAAGGGAUGGGCGCGUCCUGUUCAAGGGGUGGUUGGUGACUGGGAGUGGGUGAAGUGAAGAGAGAAUUUCACUGGUGCUGCGCUGGUCCAGCAUUCUUUGGGAGUAGCAGGGAACGCUCGGCUUGAUGUUUUUAGGAUAGUGGUAGUUGGUGCGAUUUUGUGGUGCCAUGCUUGAGUGACGGGAGUUGGCUGUGUACAUUUGGAUACUCUUUGAACAACGGUGGUUUCACUGAAAGUUGAGAGUGAACAUGGAUUGGAAAUUA